AUUUUCCAGGAGGAAGCCUCCUUUCUCGCCCAGGGAAGGAGCCUCUCUCUCUCUCUUCGCCUUUGGAUGGCGUCUCUCCGGAGAAGGGAAAUGAGGAUUCUGUGGAGCCACCCCUUGGAUGCAGCAAUGAAAUCAAUAAUAUAGGAAGAAGAACAUCUCUCUAGGUGAGGGUCUUGCUGAAAUCUUGACCUCACGUACAGACAAGGAAGGAAAAAAGAAGACUGAAGCAUCUGUAUUGCAAUUAAACACCCAUAUCAUGGCUGACAUAAAGGAGAAAGCAUGUAUAUGCCUGGAAUGUGGGAAGAAUUUCACUCGGAAGAGUUAUCUGAAGCAACAUCAAAGGACUCACACGGGGGAGAAACCAUAUACAUGCCUGGAGUGUGGAAAGAGCUUCACUGAGAGUACAAGUCUACGUAAACAUCAAAGGAUUCACACUGGGGAAAAACCCUAUACGUGCCUGGAGUGUGGGCAGAGCUUCACUCACAGUGAUAGUUUACAUACACAUCAAAGGGUUCACACUGGGGAAAAGCCCUAUACAUGCCUGGAGUGUGGGCAGAGCUUCACUAAAAGUGGAAAUCUACAUAGACACAAAAGGAUUCACACUGGGGACAAACCCUAUACAUGCCUGGAGUGUCGAAAGAGCUUUGCUCAGAGUUCAGAUCUACGUUCACAUCGAAGGAUUCACACUGGGGAGAAACCCUAUACAUGCCUGGAGUGUGGAAAGAGCUUUGCUCACAGUACAGUUCUACUAUUCCAUCAAAGGAUUCACACUGGGGAGAAACCCUAUACAUGCUUGGAGUGUGGAAAGAGCUUUGCUCAGAGUUCAGGUCUACGUUCACAUCAAAGGACUCACGCUGGGGAGAAACCCUAUAAAUGCCUGGAGUGUGGAAAGAGCUUCACUAUGAGUGGAAGUCUACGUUUACAUCAAAGGACUCACACAGGGGAGAAACCCUAUACAUGCCUGGAGUGUGGAAAGAGGUUCACUGUGAGUUCAAGUCUACGUUCACAUCAAAGGACUCACACUGGGGAGAAACCCUAUACAUGCCUGAAGUGUGGAAAGAGCUUCACUGAGAGUGGAAGUCUACGUAAACAUCAAAGGAUUCACACUGGGGAGAAACCCUAUACAUGCCUGGAGUGUGAGCAAAGCUUCACCACAAGUGGAAAUCUACAUAAACACCAAAGGACUCAUACUGGGGAGAAACCCUAUACAUGCCUGGAGUGUGGAAAGAGCUUCACUGAGAGUGGAGAUCUACAUUUACAUCAAAGGAUUCACACGGGAGAGAAACCCUAUACAUGCCUGGAGUGUGGGCAGAGCUUCACUACAAGUGGGAGUCUACGUUCACAUCAAAGGAUUCACACUGGAGAGAAACCCUAUAAAUGCCUUGGUUGUGGAAAGAGCUUCACUAAGAGUUCAAAUCUAGAUUCACAUCAAAGGACUCACACUGGAGAGAAACCUUAUACAUGCCUGGAGUGUGGAAAGAGCUUCACUCAGAGUUCACAUCUAUAUUCACAUCAAAGGACUCACACUGGAGAGAAACCUUAUGCAUGCCUGGAGUGUGGAAAGAGCUUUGCUCAGAGUUCACAUCUAUAUUCACAUCAAAGGACUCACUGGGGAGAAACCCUGUAAACACACAGUGUGUGGGAAAAGCUUCUCUGAGAGUAGAAAUCUACAUAGACAUAGAAUCCACACUGGAGAGAACAGUGGUGUUUGACCCUAAAGAGUGUUUCCCAGAUAGAGCUUUCCAGAAUUUUCAUGUUGGUGAAACACUUUUUAGACAUGCAUCCUUUUGUGACACAGUAAUUUAGUUGAACUAGCAAACCAGAGGUUAAACAGCCUCAUAUAAGAUAUUCAAUAUAAUACUAUAUUACAUAAUAUUAGCUGUAUCCAAUGCUGUGGCCCAUUUUGGAGCAAUGGGAAAAGAGAAAAGUGUAAGAGCUGAUUUCUAAGCUAUCAGUACACAACUGAAGUGGCAAAGUGUCAACAUAAAAUAGGCGCAUUUUAUUCUCGUGACCAAAGAAUUAUAUG